UGUCAAACAUAUCCAAAAGCAAGAAAAUACUAUUGGCACCCGUACUUAGUAUUGUUAGUUUUGUUUGCCAAUCAACAACUGAACUUGAUUUUGUGUGUGAUGAUUAUCAAAAUAUUUUUUAGUUUACAGUUGUUACUAGUUAUUGUGCGUAUGGUAAUAGGGUUCCUUGAAGAGGAUGGUCGAGUUAUUGAGUAUGAUAGUUUUGAUGAAUUCAAAGGACAUGGAAAUAAAUCAUAUGCACAUUACUAUGAGGAAUUUCGGGGACGAAUUGCCUAUCAGAAUAAUUUAAAAACCAUUCGGGAGCACAAUGAUUUGUAUAAAAGUGGGAAAAAAUCAUACCGUUUGAGAGCAAACAAUCUAGCAGACUUGAACAGUGGGUCGUAUUUAAAAAAAUUCCUUAGAUUAGUUAAGAGCAAACGUUAUGAAGCUCUUGACUUAAUAUCAGAUAUUGUUGGAUCGCCUCUUAUGAAUAGUACCCCUGAAAGUUUAGAUUGGAGAGAAAAAGGUUUCGUCACAAAAUCAAAUAAUCAAGGGUCAUGUGGUUCUUGUUAUGCUUACAGCAUAGCGCAGAGCAUUGAAGGUCAGGUAUUCAAACGUACUGGCAAAAUUCUAAGUUUAAGUCCACAACAAAUUGUUGAUUGCAGUGUUUCGUAUGGUAACCAGGGAUGUACGGGGGGAUCCCUCCGUAAUACUCUUAGAUAUCUUGAAGCUACUGGAGGUAUAAUGAGGGCUAAUGACUACAAAUACACUGGAAGGAAAGGUAAAUGUCAAUUUGUUCCAGAAUUAGCUGUUGUUAAUGUCACAUCAUGGGCAAUAAUGCCAACAAAAGAUGAAAAAGCAAUUCAAGCUGCCGUUGCUCACAUUGGACCGGUUGCCGUUUCCAUAAAUGCGACGCCUAAAACAUUCCAGCUCUACAGUGACGGUAUUUAUGACGAUGAAGAUUGUUCAUCCAGUUCUGUUAACCAUGCAAUGCUUGUCGUUGGCUAUGGACGAGAUUUUUGGAUUCUCAAAAAUUGGUGGGGUGAACAAUGGGGUGAAGAUGGAUACAUGAGAAUUCGCAAAGGCAAAAAUGUUUGUGGAAUUGCCAACUAUGCUGCAUACUCGGUUGUUUGAGAUUUUGAAAAAAAAAACUACAAACAUUUUCAGCUAG